AUGGAGAAGGAAACAGGUGUAUUCAUCGAUUUGAAGUACUUUCAAGAGAAAAUCCUUGAUGGAGAAUUUGAUGAAAGUGAGAAGUACCUCAGUGCCUUUACCAAUAUCACUGACAGUCAAAGCUCCAUGAAAAUGUUUUUUCAGAUUAGGAAGCAGAAGUAUUUGGAAGCCUUGGACAGGAAUGACAAAGCCAUGGCCGUUGAAAUUCUGGUUAAAGACUUCAAAAUAUUUUCAACAUAUAAUAAUGAUAUCUACAGUGAAAUAAUAAAUCUGAUAACCCUUGACAACUUCAGGGAGAAUGUAAAAUUAUCACAUUACAAAGAUGUUAAAUCAAUUAGAAUCGCAUUGAUGGAAGAGCUCAAGAAUAUGAUUGACAAUAACCCCAUAUUGAAAAAUAAGAUUAUGCUUCCUUCGUUGCGGUCGUUGCGAUUGCGAUUCAUGAUUAAUCAUGGUUUGAAUUGGCAGUAUCCAAAGCCAAAUCCCGAAAGCACAACUUUGUUGAUCGACCAUACUUCUCCUUUGCCUCAACAAGGAUUUCACAUGCCUCCUAUGCUUCCUGCUGCAGAUGCUUCUCCACUUCCCCCAGCCUCUGCAUGGGUGGUGAACGGAAAUCCUUCCUCAUCUUCACAAUCGCCUGCUACACUUGCAGCUUCCUCAGUGCCAGGUCCUUCAAGUCGAGCCUCUGCAUGGGUGGUGAACGGAAAUCCUUCCUCAUCUUCACAAUCGCCUGCUACACUUGCAGCUUCCUCAUUGCCAGGUCCUUCAAGUCGAGGCUCUAUUUCAAAGCUUUCAUUUACAUUGAAUACUCCGCUUGCACCGAUGGAUUACCAAAGUAAUGACCGUGUUCAACAAUUAAGACCAUUGCUAGCUGCAGAAUCGGUUGAAAAGGCUGGACAGGUCGCAUCUACCGUUACACCACAACCAUCACCUAGGUUGUUUGAUGAAAUUCCCAGAACUGUUGUUUGGGAAUUAAAUCAGGGAUCAACUGUGAAGAGCAUGGAGUUUCAUCCUACAAAUCAUUCUAUACUAGCUGGUAGGGGUUGCUUUCAAAAACAUUUAAUUCAUUUGUAUGCCUAUCAAGUUUCUAAUGGCCUACAACAGCAUUUGGAGAUUAAUGCUCAUGAUGGUGGUGUUAAUGACUUGGCAUUUUCAUUUCCAAAAAAUCAGCUAUGUGUCUUCUUAUUCUCUACAUCAAUUGACGGAAAAAUUAGAGUCUGGCUGUUUGAGAACAAGAGCCUCAUGGUGGAAUACGACACGCCCGGAAAGUGUAGCACUACACCGAUCUGUAGUUCUGAUGGAACUAGAUUGUUUUCGUGUGGGACAACUACGGAGGGAGAUUGUUUCCUAGCUGAGUGGGAUGAAGAUGAUGGUGUAGUAAAAAGAACUUAUUCUGGGUUGAGAACCAAAUAUGUUGGCAUGGUGCAAUUCGACACUGCAAAGAGUCGAUAUUUGGCUGUUGGUGCAGAUAACCAAAUUAAGUUUUGGGAUGUGGACAUUAUUAAUGUUCUGAUUAGUACAGAUGCUGAUGGUGGUCUUUCUCAUGUAUUUGACAUACAAAUUCUGCAUUUUUUUAAUCAAACUAUGAAUCUACCAGACGGUUUUGUCCCUGACAAAUUGAAUUGGAGCUCUUCUGUUGAUGGAGCUAAGAAUGGACAACAACUUGCUUUAUACUCCUCUCAGUGCUAG